AGCCAGGGCCGGGCGAAUGCGGCGUCACCAUGAGACAAUCUGACCGUCCGUGCCGGCUGAUGUGAAAAGUCACGGUUGUGUACCUAAACCAGAGCGUCAUUUUUACUAUCCACACACCUGUCAGAGGGAUAUGAGAUUCGUCGUGCUUCAGACGAUGGUGGACAUGUUUGAUUAAACUGGGUGAAUACUCCUGGAGCCUCAUCUUGGAUAAAAUCAAAUCUCUGUGGUGCCCUUUUUUUUACUACAUCUUGUUGGCCAAAAACGGAGAUAAGCUGAGGAAUCAGGCUCAUCCAGACAUCACAGUUCCCAGUCUGCGUAUCCCUCAUUGCCUCAUCUUCACCUCCCCGAGAGGGAGAGAGCAGCAGCCACCAUGGUGCUGUCCCAGAGACAAAGAGAUGAACUCAAUCGAGCUAUAGCUGAUUAUCUUCGUUCCAAUGGAUAUGAGGAAGCGUAUUCUACCUUCAAGAAAGAAGCAGAAUUAGACAUGAAUGAAGAUGUAGAUAAGAAGUAUGCAGGACUCUUGGAAAAAAAAUGGACCUCGGUUAUCAGAUUACAAAAGAAGGUGAUGGAGUUGGAGUCGAAGCUAAAUGAGGCAAAGGAAGAGAUGACACACGGCGGUCCAGUGGGUCAAAAGAGAGACCCUAAGGAGUGGAUUCCACGUCCGCCGGAGAGAUACGCCAUGAGCGGGCACCGUGCUCCUGUCACGCGUGUCAUAUUCCACCCGGUGUUUUCUGUUAUGGUCACAGCCUCCGAGGAUGCCACUAUUAAGGUUUGGGACUACGAGGCAGGAGACUUUGAGCGAACCCUCAAAGGCCACACAGACUCUGUGCAGGAUGUCUCCUUCGAUCAGACGGGAAAGCUGCUGGCUUCAUGUUCAGCUGAUAUGAGCAUCAAACUCUGGGACUUUCAAGGGUUCGAGUGUAUCAGAACAAUGCAUGGCCACGAUCACAAUGUGUCGUCUGUAGCCAUUAUGCCAAAUGGGGAUCACAUAGUGUCUGCCUCCAGAGACAAAACUAUUAAGAUGUGGGAAGUAGCUACCGGCUACUGUGUGAAGACUUUCACGGGCCACAGGGAGUGGGUGAGAAUGGUCCGUCCCAAUCAGGACGGCUCCCUGAUUGCCAGCUGCUCCAACGACCAGACAGUGCGCGUCUGGGUCGUCGCCUCGAAAGAGUGCAAAGCCGAGUUACGGGAGCACGAGCAUGUGGUAGAAUGUAUCGCCUGGGCCCCUGACAGCGCUCACCCCACCAUCCUGGAAGCCACAGGCUCAGAGAGCAAGAAGAGUGGGAAACCUGGUCCAUUCCUUCUCUCUGGCUCCAGAGAUAAAACAAUUAAGAUGUGGGAUGUGAGCAUCGGGAUCUGCCUUAUGACUUUGGUGGGACAUGACAACUGGGUGCGCGGGGUGCUGUUUCACCCUGGAGGACGAUUCAUAGUGAGCUGUGCCGAUGACAAAACCAUUAGGAUCUGGGACUUCAAGAACAAACGCUGCAUGAAGACCUUGAGUGCUCAUGAACACUUUGUUACCUCUUUGGAUUUCCACAAGUCUGCCCCCUACGUGGUCACAGGCAGCGUCGACCAGACAGUCAAAGUCUGGGAGUGCCGCUGAGACUCCCAUCAUCUCUUAUCCUGCCCUGACCCCCAUUGACCUCCAUUCUGAAAGAAAAUAAACCUUUAAAGCUCCAUCUCGCCCUACCCUCUUCUGCACCUUCUUCCCAACUUACUGAUGCUCCGCUGGCUCCUCACCUCAUACUCUCCAAACUAUAGUUGACAGAGGCGCUUUACAUUCUCCCAGUCACCCUUCCUUCUCCUCUACAUUGCUUCAGCCCUAAUAAGAUGACUAUUGUCCUUUUGUGUAAAUUAUUCUGGAUGUAGGGUACGCUUAAUAAAUGUCACGCAAUCUCUCUGACACCAACACAUUCAGAAAGUUAAGUAUUCUUGCAUGGUGACUCCAUCAAAAACAAAAAAAAGAAUUCUAUACUGUUUGAUUUGCAAAUUUGCAUCCUGUUGUCAUGACUUCCUGUCAUGUCGAACGGUAAAUCUUGAUGUGCUGAUGCCGGUGGGUUUUAGUAACUGAAAGGGCACGAGAACCAGUGGCACCCCUUGUUGAAGAGCUUAUGAUUAUGUUUUGUUUUAUUCUGCGCCUCCAUUAUGGCGGUCCGUCACUGUGUUGCUGGUGAUUGAGAAGUCGUAAAGAACGCAAGUACAAAAGAGGACACAGAAGUUGUCAGAGAGGUGGCUUCUUAAUCAAAUCACAUGAGGUUUUGUGGGCGAGUGCACAUGUACAUGUUUGUAUAGUGUUGUGUAUGAGUGUGCGUGCGAAUGUGUGUGUUUGUAUUCUACGACAGGAGAAUCUUCUCGCCGCUUCUGCUCCGAUCGAGUAUCAAGAGGCAAAAGUUUCUCGUCAACUGUGUUCUUUCAUGCUUCAAUCGCUCUCAUCGAACUUGCUUUCUCGUAGACACUCACUGGACCUUAAUGAUCCGUAAGCUGCUGAGAGGACAGGCGCGUGCCCACAAAGCGAGCGUGGGGUUUUUAAGGCUCACCCUUUUUUCUGAGGUUUGCGUGUCAAUGUCACCCCCAGAGAAAUCGCCAGGUGCCCUCUCGCUCCAUCUCUGCCUUGUUAACCCAUCGAAGGCUCCACAUACAGGAUUUUCAUCCAGCUUUCUGUGGUUUUCACUGCUCUUUACACACACACACACUCACAAAUGCACAUACACGCACAGUGAAAGUUGUGUAUCAAUAUAUCUGGAUGUCAUUGUUUGCAACAUAAUAAAAUUCUGUAAAUAUAA